AACAUUUUUAAUUGAAACUUCGGCUUUCGGGUGCGUUUCCGCCUUCGACCUUAAAUGUUGUAUUUGGAGAGUCUUUGUAUCGAAGAUCGAAACGGCUUCAAGAUCGAGUGUGAGUGAGUGAGUGAGUUUUUUUUUUCUUCUCGUGAGCACAAUUCGUCAGCAUCCUUUCAACGAGAUGAUUUAGCGGGCGCGCGCGCCUUUAUUGAAGGAGCGCUCUGGCUCUGGGCUGAGCGUUGUGUUGUGUUGUGGAUGGCUGAUUGCCUGGCGGGCUACUGCAGUUUAUGGAAUACAGACGGUUAACGAUGCAGGACGGUAUGCAGUAGGGAGUAAAUGCGGAAGAAAUUGGAUUAAAAAGCUUUUUCUCUAAACAUUACAAGAUAGUGACAGAGCUCGAGACCAACAUGUGCGAAUGAUCAAUAAUCGUGUCGGUGUAUGAGUGUGAUUUCAAAGCCAAAAGAGUACAGAAAGAAAGAGAGGGAGAGCCAAAUCCCUUUGAAGAAACACCAAUCAAGUUCCGAUCGAUCGUCGAUCGACUUAUGCUCUGAAUUGGAGCUGCAUUUCGAGCGUGUUUUAGUGCAUUUAUAUAUGUGUGUGAACGAGAGUGCAAACACAGGAAGAAAGCCAAUAUUCGGUGCAGAUGUGAGUGAGAGGCCGUUUCUAGAUUUAUCUGCGUGCGUGUUUUAUAACAAAUCAAUGCCGAAGGCCGGGAGAGAGCGUCAGCCAGCAAAGUGAAGUAAAGCUCAAGAAGAGAAAACGAAGAAAACCAACCUGCCGAUCACCGGCCGCGAUAUUUCAUAAACAAAACCGCAGAUCGCCGCAUGAUCGCGGCCUCGUGCCGACCCGAAGAAGUGAUGUUUUGCCUAAUGAUCGGGUCAUUGACAGUGGAUUAGAGUGUGGCGACUGGCUGGCAGCUGAACCGAACCGUCUCUACCUGAAGCCAAAAGUCGACGCAGCGAUCGACUUUGGAAUUUGAGUCAGCGAAAAAAAAAAAAGAAAAGAAAAGAAAAAAGGAUCGCUUCGCCGACCCCCGCCGUCAGCACCAUGUCAUCGUACCCGUACCAGAAUCCGUCGUCUUACGAGCCGUACGACGCCGCCGUUCCGCCGCGGGUUCCAAUGAGUCCGGUGCAUCUGCAGCAGCAUCACCCUGCCGCGUACUCCAAGUCGCUGGUUCAACCCACGUCCAGUCCUUCCGUCGGGGACUUUCUACCUCCUCUUCAACCCCACGACGGUGGCGGAGGUCCUCACGGGGGUCCCCGCUCAAUCUACAGCGCCCACGCGCUAGCCUCGUCCCAAGCCCUUCACCAGCAGCACCAACAGCUUCACGGAGCCGUCCCAUAUCUUCCGGGACCACCCCCUCCGGGACCUCCGUACCACCACUCGCCACGUGGCAGCGCCGGAAGCACAACCAGCAGUCAACAGUCCUCGAGCUUCCCGCCGAAUUUCCCGCCAAAUGUCCACCACCAGGUCGGGCCAGGUGUCCAGAUCGGCCACAACUACUCCCAGUCGGACGACGACAGCGGGUGCGCCCUCGAGGAGUACACCUGGGUGCCGCCCGGACUCCGGCCAGAUCAGGUCCACCUGUACUUCUCGGCCGUCCCGGAGGACAAGGUGCCGUACGUCAACAGCAUCGGCGAGCGGCACCGGGUUCGGCAGCUUCUCCAGCAGCUUCCACCACACGAUAAUGAGGUGCGAUACUGCCAUUCACUGACCGAUGAAGAGCGCAAAGAGCUGAAGCUGUUCUCGGCCCAACGGAAGCGGGAAGCCCUCGGCAGGGGCACCGUCAAGCAGCUGGCCAACAAUCAGAUCUGCGACGGGUGUGGCGAAUGCAUCUCGUCCGGCGACAUGGGAGUGACGGCGUCCCGGUUCGACGCGGGCACCUGCUGGCAUCCGGCCUGCUUCGUGUGCUCGGUGUGCAAGGAACUGCUCGUCGAUCUGAUCUACUUCCACCGCGAGGGCCGCCUGUACUGCGGUCGGCACCACGCGGAGACCCUCAAGCCACGCUGCUCGGCAUGUGACGAGAUCAUCUUGGCGGACGAGUGCACGGAGGCGGAGGGACGGGCGUGGCACAUUAAGCAUUUUGCCUGUUUCGAGUGCGAUAAGCAGCUCGGGGGACAACGCUACAUAAUGCGCGACGGUAAGCCAUACUGCCUGCACUGCUUCGACGCCAUGUUCGCCGAGUAUUGCGACUUUUGCAGCGAACCCAUCGGCGUGGACCAGGGCCAGAUGAGCCACGACGGCCAACACUGGCACGCCACAGACAACUGCUUCGCGUGCAGCACCUGCCGCUGUUCCCUGCUGGGACGGCCAUUCCUGCCCCGACGAGGGGAGAUUUACUGCUCGAUAGCGUGCAGCAAGGGCGAACCUCCCACACCGUCGGAGGCAUCUUCCGGCCUUCCGAUGAACAACUGCGUUGCGACGAUGAUGCUGCCGGGAUCUGGGAACCGAACUAGGUCGAUUCGGCGUAAUGUCACCGAUGAACUGCUGUUGCCGGAUUAUUCACCGCAUUUGCCAAAGUCCCCGGAACCGCUGCAGAGUCCGAUCAGUGAGCGAAGUACGCCGCACUCGAGUCCGGCCAAGCAGAACCAACAGCAGCAGCAGUCUUCGGUUCGAUCCAGUCCGAUUCAGCAGCAGCUGCAGUUCCAGCUGGAGGCGUCUACGAUGGCCAGUGAGGUGGCCACCAACUACUCAACCUCGGUCGACAACGACAAUGUACAAACCUACACCGGAACCGGUGGCAGUGGGGCCACUUCGCCCAUCUCGUCCCGACCCUGCACGGAACCCGGUGACUUUGUGGAUCACUACUCCAACGCGAGCCAACACGAGUCCCUGCCACCAAUCCUCAACUCCUCGAGUCAACGCCGAAUCCCGCAGUGUUCACCGGAGCUUAACCGGUUACUCCACAAAGACCGCAGCCGGCAACCGCUGGAUCUGACCGACCUCACCCUAAGCCUCAGUCUGGACAAUUGGCAGGACAAUCGGCACGAGCAGAUCUCCGGGUCCGGAACCGGAAUCGUCCACGCCGGAAUAGCCAAAAUGAACCCCUCGCUGACCUCAUCGAUGCCCGAGCUGACCCAGCAGCAGCAGAUGCAGUUCCAGCAGCAGCAGCUGGAACCGUACGACGACAUUAGCCCGAUGGACAAAGCAAGUGCAAUAGACCCGCUGGACGAUGGCAUCCAGAAUGCGUCCGACGCGUCGCACUCGAUCGUCGAACUGCCAACUCCGCCGCCAAUAGUUAUUAAGAAAGAAGUCCGCUUCGAGGGCGACUUCCAGGACUCCCUCCCUCGGUCCAAAAGCUACGGCAGCCGGUCCUCCUCCAGCUCGUCCCGCUCGAAAUCGUCCAAAUCGCGACGAAAAUCGAGCAGCCACCACAACCACAGCCACCGUUCCUCGUCCGAGUACUCGUCGUCGUACGAUCGUCACGACCGCCAUGGCGGCCACCACGAACGAUCCUCUUCCACCUCCUCCACCCGAAGAUCGCCCCGGCGGAGGCCACGCCACGUGCACGAGCACGAAGCCCCGGCCAUCGGCGACGAGGACGACUCGGACGUGCGGUCCGUCUGCUCGACCUGUUCGUCCAGCUCUUCGAGCGCCGACGACACCGUGUACGAGCUGCCCAUGCGGCGGACCUACGGCGGAACGCGCAUCCACUACAUGCCAAACAACUCGAUCGCGUGCGCCCGGAAGCGGAAACAGCUCGGCGUGCCACCGAAUGCAGGGGGAGGAGGCGGCGUCGGACCUUAUGAGAAAGACAAUAAAAAUUGUAUCAUUUCGUGAGAAUGUUUGCGGCGUUUUUGCGCAGCGUUUCCCAAUUGUGACCAAAUUGUAAAGCAAAAGUAUUUAAAAAUGUCCGUUCGUUUGUUGCGCGCCGAACGGAGUGUAUAAAGUUAACAUCAGAAAGAGAAAAAUUAUGCAAGUUUGAACGUAUUUUCAUUGUUUGGAUUGAAAUUUUAGCAUGAGAAGAGCAGAUUUAACGAAAAAAAGAAGCAUAUUUUAAAGUCGAAACGUAAAAUACUCGAAAGCAUAUUUUGUGAGAUUUUUAAGGUUCAUGUCGCGUACGCAGUUCAUAGUUCACACCAACAUACAAAGGGUAGAUUGUAUUCAAUGCUCAUAUCUUUAGUGUUAAGAUCUUUUAUACAUACAGUUUGAUAGAGUUAAUUUUUUACCGAACAGUUGAAAGAAGAUGCAGAAAAAACU